UUGACAAGACAUGGGAGUGCUCCCUCGUCUGGCAGCAAGUGUGGACUAACAGAAAGAGAAGACAGAAUUCUUCCUUCACCCAACCAACUCCACCAUAAGGACCAACGUCAGUCAGUGCAUAUGUGAAAGAGGGAGCGAGAAAGAGAGAUAGAGGGAGCCACAAUCUGCUACUGCAGCUGUUUGAACUCCACAUUCAAAAAAAUCUUCAUUUCUAUCCAGUUUCACCUCAACAGACCAGCUUUAAAGCAAAAACAAAUACAAACACACACAAAAAUAUUACAGCAGUCUUUGUGCCAGACAUCGAGAAGAUCAUGAAAAGAAGCCGGCUUCCCAGCAGCAGUGAUGAUUCUGAUGACAAUGACAGUCAUUCAACAUCCUGGUCUCAACAUUCUAAGUCACGUCACAGAAGAAGCUCCACGUCGAGGCAUGAAGACCGAAAACCAUCUGAGGUCUACAGAACAGAUCUGAUAACUGCAAUGAAGUUACAUGAUUCACAUCAAUUGAACUCUGAUGAAUAUUAUAUUCUGGCUGACUCUUGGAGACAAGAAUGGGAGAAGGGAGUUCAAGUACCAGUUAACCCCGAAUCUGUACCUCAAGCGAUUGUCAGAAUUACCGAGGAAAAGGAUCAAGCUGUGACAUUUUCCAGACCGAGGAAAUAUAUUCACUCCUCUGGCUCUGAGCCACCAGAGCUUGGUUACGUGGAUAUCCGCACUCUUGCUGAAAGCGUGUGCCGGUAUGAUCUAGAUGAUAUGGAUGUAGCCUGGCUAAACAUGCUGAAUGAAGAAUUUAUAGGAAUGGGGAUGACUGAAUUAGAUGAAUUCACCAUGGAGAAAGUCAUGGAGGAUCUGGAGCGUAGAUGUUAUGAUAAUAUGAACCAUGCCAUUGAGAACGAAGAAGGACUAGGAAUUGAAUACGAUGAAGAUGUGGUGUGUGACGUGUGCCAGUCUCCAGAUGGUGAGGAUGACAACGAGAUGGUUUUCUGUGACAAAUGCAACAUAUGCGUCCAUCAGGCUUGUUAUGGAAUUCUGAAAGUUCCAGAAGGCAGCUGGUUAUGUCGGACAUGUGCACUUGGUGUCCAGCCCAAGUGUCUGCUUUGCCCCAAGAAAGGUGGAGCAAUGAAGCCAACCCGCAGUGGGACAAAGUGGGUUCAUGUGAGCUGUGCUUUAUGGAUCCCUGAGGUUAGCAUAGGAUGCCCAGAAAAGAUGGAGCCCAUCACAAAGGUCUCACAUGUCCCUGCCAGCCGAUGGGCAUUAGUGUGCAGUCUGUGUACUGAGAAGACUGGAGCGUGUAUACAGUGUUCAGUGAAAAACUGCCGCACAGCCUUCCAUGUGACUUGUGCAUUUGAUCGCAAUUUGGAAAUGAAGACCAUCCUGGCGGAAAAUGAUGAAGUGAAGUUUAAAUCUUACUGCCCGAAGCACAGCAGCAAGGAGCCCGAUGAGGGAAACAAAGGCUAUUCCACUGUGGAGGUACAAGAGAAACCUACUGUCAUGGAAAAUGCCCUGGACAGUAUGGACCAGAGCCAGGAGGAAGCUCAAAGGAUCAGCCUUCGCAAACAAAAACUCCAGCAGUUAGAGGACGAAUUUUAUAACUUUGUCAGCGUCUCCGAGGUGUCCCAGCACUUGAAGUUGCCUGAGGAACUUGUGGAUUAUAUUUACCAGUACUGGAAGGGGAAAAGGAAGAGCAAUUUCAACAAGCCCCUCUUCACUCCCAAAAAGGACGAGGAGGACAAUCUGGCAAAGCAGGAACAAGAUGUCUUGUUCAGACGGCUGCAGCUCUUCACGCACCUCCGGCAGGAUCUAGAGAGGGUUCGAAACCUUACUUACAUGGUGACCCGGAGAGAGAAGAUUAAGAGAUCGAUUUGUCGAGUCCAAGAGCAAAUAUUCCACCACCAGAUGAAACUUCUUGAGGAAGAGUGUAUUUCUGGUGUGCCUUCAGCAUUCCCGUCUGAAGAUAGUUUAUUCCUCGGUUGGCUGGCACAGUCUCAUCCAGUUUCCAAAACAGGGUGUUUGCAGUGGAAGUCAAACAGGGAGCUGGAGACAGGCCAGUGCCCAGACAACCACCCAAAUAAGGUCUGGCGGGAAAAGAGCUCUCACUUGAGUGGCCGAACGCAAAGCCGCACUGAUUCUGCAAAUCAAAGCUUGUUGAAGCAAUCAAACCGAUCCAGCGAGUGCAAAAAUAUAGUGAGCCUACACAACAUCAGGAGUAUUCUUCCACCCUGUGGUCGGGUUCGUACUGAGUCACGAGCUAAUGGCCGAGAGAGGAAUAAUGGCCAGGCCGCACCUGACCACAGGAAGAAAACCGACAGCAAUGGACGUAGCACAGGAAGUAAAUCAGAAUUGAGGGAAAGAGUGUAUUCAAAGCGGGACAAAUCCUACUUACCUGCAGAAUUAACCCUGCGACAUUCUGAGAACAAGCGGGCUUUGUGUGCACCAGUGUGUAAAAUGUCCUCGGUCAGCAUCCGUAGGCUAUCCGGGGAUGGCAGCCACUCGCACUCCAAGUGUAAUGGUACCUUGGGCAAGGCAGCUUGCAUUCAAACUGCUGUUCCUGCCAGUCGCCCUGCAGCCAAAGUGCCUACGACACCUACGAGCCCAGUGAAAAACUGGGGUGGGUUCAGAAUCCCAAAGAAGGGAGAAAAGAAGCAGCACGAGGAGAGACCAGAGCCCUGCAGGCAGAACUCAGAAUCGACAAAAUAUCAGCAGCUGAGAGCGCAAAGAGCCUCACCCAAAGAAAGGCUAAAGGUGAGGUUGCUGCCAGAUACAGAGAAUGAUGGCUACAGCCCUGAUGCUGAGAUGAGUGACUCGGAGACAGAGUCACCAGAUAAUUGCAAGCCACAGCGGCUAAAUUCAAGCACUGCAAUGGUGAGCCGAAGAUAUGGGACAGAUAUUAUUCGAAGAAGCAUUCUGGCCUCUUGAUCCAGAGAAGAGAGGCAGCAAAGUACCUUCACUGCCUGUAUCCACCUCCAGUCCUGAAAAUGUUCUGAUGAAAUGCCUUGUUGUCAUUUUAUAUUUCUUCAGAUUAAUUAUUUGAAACCCACAGAUGUUUCCUGUCAAGGAAUGUUUGUCAUUGAGCGCAGUUGUAUUUAAGUUGAAUGCUACAGUUUUGUAGUCUACAAUCUGCCCUAUACUUUAUGCAAACCUUCAGGUAGCCUUUCCACUUGGUAUACUCCAUCAGAAAAAUAACCAAACUGUAUAAAGAACUCAAAAAUCAAAAGUGUAGACACUAAAUUAAAAAGCCUAAAAAUCUAAAUUUAAAAAAGUCAUGUUUGCUAGGUAUCAUACCAGUUAAGUCAGUUAACAGUCAACAUUUUUGACUUACUUUUUAAAAGCAUGUUUUUUUUUAAAAAAAUGAAAAAAACACCUUCUAAUAUGACAGGUUGUAUAAUCGGUUGACAGGACUUUCUCCAGCACUUCGGACUAACUAAUGAUUAUGAAACAAAAACAGCAAAUUUUAAAUUUCUCAGUGGGACAAAUUGCGGUUUGUUUCUCAAAUUCUCAAAACUCGGCAUACACUGGUGGUAGAUUUCUACACGUGAGCAUGCCAGAGUUCCUUGCUUUCAGGGUCUACAGCUGGUCUGUAAACAUAGUCAGACAGAAGCGCAGUAAGUUAAGCAUGGAAACAAUGAGAGGUUGAAAUAUAGAGCAGCUGCAGAAAGGAAGGAAUUCCUUGUAGUCUGUGAAUGCUGGCACUGAUACAGUAAACGAACAGAGAUGGCUGGCCAAGUAUACUGGCAUCUUCACAAAAGUGGAGAGUUGCUGCAGGGAAUUUUGAUAACUUUCUGCAUUGUUGCUGUAUGACUGGAGUGAAAGCAUUUGCUAAGUGUGCAAUAAUUCAUCAGACUAUGCGAGCCAUAACAUUGCUAAAAAAAAAGCAGUUUGUUUAUCCCACGCAUCCAUUACUUUUAUUUCAGAUUGUUCCCUUAGAUUCUACUGUCUCAUUCCAUAUGUUUGGAUUUAGUUACUUACAGAUUAUUGGAGCUGUUGGGAAGGGGUGACAGAGGAAACUGUAAAUGUUUCAGGAUUUAGUUUACCCCAUUGCUUAUUUUCUUUGGGAUCUUGGAACUUUACCAUUUCCAAUUCAGCAGUUUUAUUUCACCCGCCUACAAUUCUGCACUGGUUCUCUGUAUAAACUACAUUGCACCAUUUGUAUUCUUUGUCAAACAGACAAGCUAAGGAGGGUGCAGCGUUAGCGCUAAAAGAAGAGGAAUUAUUUUCAGUAGUAUUUUUCACAUUGUCACAAUUGUAAUCUAAUUGUUGUUUAAGUAACCUUGACAUUCCUUCUUGAGGCUAAGUACUGUUGAGGCUUAACCGGGGUUACUCUUACUAAGAGAAGAAUUCAGUCAUGUCUGGAUGGCAUCAGGGAUUUGGGAGAAAAUGUAAGGGUUUGGUUCUUCCUAACCGAAGACUGGCUGUGUUUCUGUUGUCCAAUAAAUGUAAAAGUAUUUGACUCAGUAACUUUUAAAAAAUGUUAAAUGGCCAUUUUAAGUAAGUUGUGCAAAACGUGUUUGAAAUUUCAAGUCUUCAGACUCUGAUAAAUUUGUUGGAAAAGAUCUUAAGCAAGUUUUAAAAUUUUCCAGAAAUUUUACUAUGUAAAGUGUUGCAUGUACUGUACUGAAUUUAUUUACUGCUCAUUGGUUGUAAUGCAGUAGAAAAUAUUUCAAGUAGACACUAUCAAUAUUGAAUAAGUAUAUUUAAUUUUAUUAAGUGGCCUUUUCUAAUCUUUAUUCAGUGCAAUAGCUUUGUAUUAAUUUUUGUAAAAAAAAAAUUGUCAAAAGGAGGUAUUUCACUUACAUGUUUGACAUGGAGUAUUUAUGCAUCUCAGAUCUGCAGCUUUUUUGAAAGUUUGCAGCAUCUUAGUCCUUAGUGUUUAACAUGGAGGUAUCCUCACAUUGUGUUGUACAGAAAGGAACAGUCACUAAUUCUACACCUUGCUAAGUUUUACACCUGUAAUAAAUAUUUUUUGGGUAGAAAUAGACAGUGGAUUAAUAGUUUGAGUCCAAUGGUUUGUUUAAAGAACCAUAACUUAGACUGACAGUUUCAUGUUAAUGCUUUAUUUCGCCCAGUUGUGCUUAGUUGAUGUCAAGAUCAUUCUUAAAUUAUGAUUUGGUAUUUUAUAUGUACUUUAGUUUAACAUUAGGCUAGUUGAGCUACUGUGUAGUUGCUACUGGCAUGCAUAUCUAUAGUUUUAAACAAAAGUGAUGUAAAGGGACAAUUUUCACACAUUCUGCGUCCAAUUGUUCCGUACAGACCUGCUGAACAAACUUUGCAGUGUGGUGUUGUACAGAGGAGUUCUUUCACCAUGUGCCUAGCAAAGUUUAACUGGUGUCCAUUUAGUUAAUAAAGAGCAUGGAAAUAAAAGCAGAAAUAAAAUUUAUACAGAGAUGACUAUUUUAAAUUACCUGACUCUUUGCUGUAUUUAUUUUUCUUGUAAACUAUUUAUAAAGUACUUUUGAAGGAGAAAAUUCUGUUCUGUGAAUGUUGAAAACAUUUAGAUGAAUUGUGCCUUUUUUGUGUUUGAUCUUGUUGAGUUUACUCAAGUAGUAUGACCAUGGUACAUUGCUCUGUCAAAUGUUUCUCAGAAUUAAAUCCCACCUGGAAUCAACAGGGGCACUAGCCUUUAUUGUGGGCCUGUAUUGGGGAAAGAAAAGCGACUGCAACGUUGUCUUCCUUAAUGCAUCUGGGACUUUUCAUAGAUAAUGAGAUGUUUUAAUUAAAUUUUAAUGAUAACAAUAAACCUAUUCCUUACCUUUUAAAUACAGUGUUAUUAGAAAAUACAUGAAGUCAUGGGAUGUUGAAUAUGUCGAAUUUUUUUUUUACUUAUCUUUAAAAGAUGGUUCACAUAGCCAGCCAAUGACAAAACCAAAUGGGAUUUGUCUUCUAGCUAAGUUACAUAACAGAAAUGUUGUUUUUCCUCACUCAAAGUCUGCUCAUUGUCAUUAUCCCUCUUUAGCUGCAUCCGCUUUUCUAAGAUGAAAUCUUGCAAGCUGCCAGUUCCUGCAUACCAAACCCUACUUUCCACCGAACUGAAGCACUAAGCUACUCCAGAACACUUGUACCAUUCUGUGCCAUGCGAUAAAUGUAUAUGCUUGUUUUCUUGC